GCGGAGAGACCUCAGUCAGAAGAGAGACACACUCGAGGGAAGAUGUGCCGCACAGCGUGACCCGCACUCGCUCCGCUUCCCCCACCCCCCCGUCCAAGGGCAGACAAACAGACUGUGAUGUUGGGAGAACUAGCACGCUAAUUAUCCUAAGUGAACGACGCGGCCCGCUCCUCCAUACCAAAGAACACGCUGAAGCACCCUAACGCAACCGUUGCCCACGCCCCUCGUGCCACAAUUACUAGUCUACCGUGCCCAGCAGCUGCACCAGCCAGGAAUAUGAGAAUAGAGAUAAAAUCUGCCGCCGACUUCCUCGUCGAUCUGGCGCGGUUGAACACCACCAGCGGCCUGACGGAGGAACAGGCGGAGAAAUUUAAGGAGAAUGUGUGCCACAUCCUGAUGCGUCAUUACGCCGACCACUGGUUCCCCGACAAGCCCUUCAAGGGGUCGGGCUACCGCUGCAUCAGGAUCAAUGGCAACCUGGACCCGCUCAUCGCCCGGGCGGGCUUCAUGAUGGGCCUGGCCUGCUCCUUCCUGCGGAGCCUCUUCCCCUCGGAGCUCACCAUGUGGGUGGACCCGAACGAAGUGGCGUACCGCAUCGGGGAGAACGGCUCCAUCUGUGUGCUGUACGAGGAGACCAGCCCGCCGGCGCCCGCGCCCCCGCAGCAGUCCUCGCCGCCGCCCGCCCCCGUCACGCCCUCGCCGCCGCCUCUCGGCCACCAUCAUCCCGCCACGCCCGAGGUGAAGACCCCCAUCAAGGCGGUGGGCCCCCCGCCACAGCCCCAGUCCCCGCCCCAGCAGGCCCAGUCCCCGCCGCCCGCCCUCGCCCACCACCACCACCAGCUUCACUACAACAACAACCAUCACCACUUCUCGCCGUCCAAGUCCGUCGUGGUGUCGUCCCCGCUGCACCACUCCCCCCCGCUAUCCCCCGUCACCACCCACCACCACCACCAGCACCACCACCAGCAGCAGCAGCAGCAGCAUCACCAGCAGCAGCAGCAGCAGGCCGCGGCAGCCACGGCCAUGCAGCUGAGCAUGUUCUUCAUGGGCGGCAAGGACCAGAGCAGCGCCGCUGCCGCCGCCGCCGCCGCCAGCCUGGUGAAGUGCAAGGAAUCUCUGCGGGGCGGCCUGGACGCGCGGCCCCUCGCCAUGGACCGGCUCUUCGUGUCCAGCUGAGUCCCUCCCUCCGCCACCCUCCUGAUCUCAACAACAACAACAACCACCACCGCCGCCAACAGCUGAACAGUACAAUCAGGGACCAAUGGUGACCAUCGCCCGCCCUCGCCCUCUCUCAACGGGGAAAUAUAAGUUUAUUUGUAAACAGUAAUAUUUAUGUACAUAAGGAGCUCUAUUAAUAUUAUCUACUACCUUGCUGAGUGUUGUGGUGAGUGUGUGUGUGUGGCGGGCAGAGGCAGUAGUGUUCGGCUGGACCUACGCGCCGCCGACCGUCGCCGUCACCAGCCCGCCCCGAACCGCCCAAUGAACCAGGAAUCGCAUCGGUUCCGUCUAUUCCACGUUCCGCGGCGCGGUUCGCGGCUUGUACCUGCCAGCGACACGGGCUGAGGCGUGGCCCGACGUGCGCCACGCCGCGACAGUUCACCUUAAAACUGAAAAAAAUGUUUUUUCAGAUGGUACAAAGUCAGAGUUCUUAAAGUGUCUGUGAUUUAAUUCGGUCGCAGUAUUUUUAUUUUAAUUUUAUGGAAGUGUUCUAGCUCAGUUAUCGUCAGUGUCUAGCUUUAGCGUCAGUUUUUUGCUUCAAGCAAACUCCUGGGUAGUGAUGUGUACAUUUACCUUGUUGGUGCAUGCUUACUUGUAAUAUAUGCCUGUAAAAAAAGCCUUAUUUUGUUUCACAAAACGUCUAAUUUUACUAGAAAAAAAUCGUUUUGUACAGCAUAAAAUAAAAGUCCAACGCAAUUGAACCACCCUGGGUUUUCUUGAGCACUGGGCGGCGGUGGCGAGUGUUAGGCCGCGGCGUGCUGCUGCUGUCAGGGGGGAGGGGGGCCGGGCCGAGGUGGUGGUGAUAAUAAUAAUGAUAUGGACUGUACACGCCCAACAACCUGUGUUAUGUUAAGUUACUAGUCAAAGAAAUUAAUAUUUUCCCAUUUUAUCAGGUGAGAGGAAACUUUCUAUGUGAUAUCAGUACAAUUUAUCUGAAAACUAAUAUUAUGAAGUGAGAAAUACACUGAAAUCAAACAAGA